UAGUAUGAGUGUGUAUGUCUGUCGUUCUCAGCUGGUGUCAAAUAAAAAUCUCAGAAGAAAGUUUCGCGUUGCAGACAUUUAUUAUUACUCCUUGUGAAAAUAAUGUGUAGGCUGUGCUAACUCGGGCGAAUUAGCGCGUAAGCUGCAACGAGCAAAUUGAAUGCCACCGGAAAAAUGAGCGCUUGAACAUACGAAGAUGUUUGCGCGAGGAAAUAUGUGCGUCAAACCGUUCAAUGUGAAAUAUCGUCGGAAAAUCGCUGUUUUCAGUCUGUUACUGUUUAUCGCGGUUUUCUCCUCGGUAUUAGCCCUGUCGGAAGCCGUCAACUGCACGUCGGAUGCCGCCUGCAUGAACGGUGGAAUUUGCAAAAAUCGAUCUUGUGUUUGUCCAGACGGCUGGCAAGGUCCAUUCUGUCAGUACUGCGGCGGAAAAGUCAGGCUCACAGAUCCGGAAGGCAUUAUCCACGACGGCUUCGGGAACUAUUCGGUGAGCGUGAAAUGUAGUUGGCUUAUUGACGCUCGGGAUUACAGCAACAGCGUGUCCACAAAGUUCCGGCCGUUCCAGUCAAGAAUCCGCUUGCACCUGGAGGAAUUCGCCACGGAAUGCGGAUGGGAUCACUUGUACAUUUACGACGGCGACAGUGUGGAGUCGCCCUUGCUGGCGGUUUUCAGCGGUCUCAUGUACCGGAAGAACUUCCACAUAAGGCGUGUCCCGGAAAUCAUCGCCAAGUCGGGAUCGGCGCUGCUGCACUUUUUCAGUGACGAUGCCUACAACAUGUCGGGAUUCAACAUCUCAUACAAGAUCAACGGCUGCCCAACCAACAAUUCAGCACUUGAAUGUUCUGGACGCGGUAUAUGUGUCGAAGGCGAAUGUACAUGCGACGCACCAUUCAUUGGGGAAGCAUGCAAUGUUCCAAUAUGCCCAAACAACUGUUCCCACAGCCUGGGCCAAGGCGAGUGUGACAAAGAAGCACAUCGGUGUAAGUGCAAGUCGGGCUAUGCAGGAAUUGAUUGUACUCAGAUAGCAGCGCUAGGCGUGUGGUCAACCAUUACGACUGAAUUCAUUUCACCACCAGGAAGUGCAUCACAUGGAGCAGCCGUAUGGCGAGACACUCUUUACAUUAUUGGUGGCGAAACCUAUGACCGCGGUGAAUUGGUGUUUAUGUAUGAUUUUAACGGAAAUGUGUGGGAAACAGUGCAUCCAGUGAAUGUUAAUGCACCUGAGUUGAGAUACGGUGCCUCGACCGUACUGUAUGGUGAUAAGAUUUUCAUGUACGGCGGCGUGGUGAAUAAAAAGGGCAUUUGUGGCGAGCUAUGGGCGUUUGAUAUAAGUGCAAGAACUUGGGAAAAUAUAACCGUGAAGUCAGAUCCUUGCAACGCAACUUUAUUUUCGAUGUGUGGCCCAUUGAAAACGGCUGGGCAUUCGGCAACGCUUGUUCCUCGGCUUAGUGAUAAGAGUAGUUAUCAGUAUAUGGUUGUAAUAUUUGGACAUUCCCCUCAGUUCGGGUAUUUAAAUACUGUUCAAGAAUAUAAUUUUGUGACACGUGAGUGGAAAAUCGUCGAGACGAAUGGAUACGUGGUUAAAGGAGGAUACGGGCACAGCACAGCUUAUGAUCCUUUCACAGAGAAGAUUUACGUUUAUGGUGGAAUUGUGUCGGAAAGUGAAAGUAACCAAGUGCUCAACAACAAACUGUACGCAUAUGAGCCGUCAACUAGGACGUGGUCGUUAUUAUCAUCAGCUCCCAGUGCUCGCUUUCUGCACACUGCAAACUUCAUUACUCCCGGAUUAAUGGUUGUGUUCGGUGGAAAUACCCACAACGACACAUCCCAUAGUUACGGGGCAAAGUGUUAUAGCAAGGAUUUGAUAGUCUAUGAUGUUCUGUGCGACUCAUGGCAUACACAAAAUAUGCCAAAUGAAUUAGCAGCUGAUCUGGCUAGAUUUGGGCAUACUGCAGUGACGUUCGACGAAUCCCUUUAUAUUUACGGUGGAUUUGACGGACAACUUCUUUCUGACAUGCUGAAGUACACUCCGGGGAAUUGUAGCUACUUCACAAAGGAGGAAAAAUGUUUACAUGCAAGACCUGGGGUGAAAUGCAUAUGGGAUAAUCAAAAAAUGUUGUGUGUGCCAUUAUCAAAGGAAAACAGAAGUCUACUGCUUGCGCGGGACCAGGAAUAUUUCACCAUUUGCCCGCCGAAGAGUCGGCAGAUCAACACAGCAGAACACCUACAGGACGUCCAGAGGUGUGCCCAAUUGACCAACUGUCAGUCAUGCACUUCAACAACAUUUGGAUGCGUCUAUUGUGGAAAUGGCACAUGCUCGAAAGACAAAUGCCGUGAAGUGACUUUAGAUGGACAAAUACCCAUAUCUUCGUUGGAUCAGUGCCCUGACGAAGGCAGUAGCGUCUGUGAACAACUGCAUUGCUGCCACGCAUGCUCGGCAAACCCUAGCUGUCACUGGGAACAUGAAGCAAAUAGAUGUCGUCCUUCGGGAAAUCGAACAAAUGAUCCAGCGGAAAUUCCGAUCCAAUGCCCACCUCCCUGUGCCACACUCACAACAUGUACCAACUGUACCGAGGAUGAAUGUAUUUGGUGCCAAAAUGAACAACGCUGUGUCGAUCGCAAUGCAUAUACUGUCAGUUUUCCUUAUGGUCAAUGUCGUGAGUGGACGACACAUAAUCUGAAAUGUCGACCCGCUGUCUCUGGGUCGCAAUGUGGUUUUUAUAAAACGUGUAGCCAAUGUAGAGAUGAUCCGGCAUGCGGCUGGUGUGAUGAUGGGUCGGAAACGGGUCUCGGUAAGUGCCUGCCGGGAGGUGAUAGUGGACCUCAUGAAGAAAUGGAGUGUUUGGCAAGGAGGUGGCAUUUCACGCAUUGUCCCAGCUGCCAAUGUAACGGGCAUAGUUACUGUGUAGAUGGAAAAAAAUGUGAGCAACCUUGCUCGAAUUUGACUGAAGGCGCGAACUGUGAGAAGUGUCGACCAGGCUACUGGGGGAAUCCAAUAAACGGCGGUACAUGCCAAAAGUGUGAAUGCAAUGGACAAGCAACCAACUGCCAUAUGGAGACGGGAAAAUGUUUCUGCCACACAAAAGGGUUAGUCGGCGACCAUUGCGAGAAAUGCGAUACGCAGAACCACUAUCACGGUGAUCCAACCAAAGGGUCCUGCUACUAUGAUCUCACUAUUGACUAUCAGUUCACAUUCAACCUAUCGAAAAAGGAAGACAGACAUUACACUCAAAUCAAUUUUCGGAAUUCACCAGCCAAGGCAGACAUUGAUGCCGAUUUCACGAUUACUUGUAGCGUAGCGGCCAAAAUGAAUAUUACAGUGCGUACAGCUGGUGGUGCAGAAAAAGUCACCUUCAGUGGCGUGAAUUGCUCCACGUUCCGUCAUCGCUUCCCAAAGACCGAAUACCAAUUCGGUGUUGAAGAUAAUAUCACGCUGACCACGUUUUAUGUGUAUGUGUAUGACUUUCAACCGCCGUUGUGGAUACAGAUAGCAUUCUCACAGUAUCCGAAACUGAAUUUGCAACAGUUUUUCAUAACGUUCUCAUCGUGCUUCCUCUUGCUGCUUUUAAUGGCGGCUAUUUUAUGGAAAAUUAAACAAAAAUAUGACAUGUUCCGUCGGCGACAACGAUUGUUCGUUGAGAUGGAACAAAUGGCGUCCCGGCCAUUUUCUCAGGUUCUGGUAGAAAUCGAAAAUAGAGAAAAUCUUGAAAUCAUGCAAACUAUCGAAAGUGUUACAUCAACGAAAAAGCGCAAAAAGGAUUCACCCAGUCCUAUUGCGCUAGAACCAUGCAGUGGGAACAGAGCUGCAGUUCUAUCACUUCUAGUCCGGUUACCAACAGGUGGUCUUCAGCAUGCUCCGCCUGGCCAGGCAGCUGGUUUAGCUGUGGCCAGUGCAUUAGUCACAUUAGGAAACCCACGACGACCGUCAAUAGAACACGCGAAAGAGCCUAAAUCGAAACGAAAACAAAGUCAGCAUCCAGAUAGUGUACAUAAUUGAUGAUGACUAUAUUCAAAAGUGAAGGGAUAUUCAAGGAUAUAUAUAUGAUUAUGAAAAUGAAGGAUAUUUUACGAAUAUCUACGAAAAUGCAAAAUUUAACAAAAUUUUAGCUGAUAACUUGAAGGGAGACGGAAACAACACCAGAAAUAAAUCGUAUUGUGAAAGCUGCAUUAAUGAAGGGAAAACAUUCAAGAAAACGUAUGGAAGCAGCUAGAGAUUCGUAUUUUAAACUUCUAAAGCAAAAUCUAUUCACGUUUACAGUUCUCUCCUCUGCAGCUCAUUUUAACUUACGUUCGUAAUUAUGUAACUCUUAGUAACCUAGAGAAAUGAAUAUAUUUUGAUUAUAUAGUAUCGCAAACGCCUCCCGGCGGGGCAACAGUCAUAAACGUACUAUGUAAAUGCAGUUGAUACGGAUCACCAUCGAUUUUGUCUAUAGACCUUAGACGCAAUGCAAAGUUAAAGCAAAAAAUCAUAAUUUUAUAUUUAAUCGAAACUGUCGCAAUUUAAGCUGUUGUUCAUAGAUAAGGUGCAGAGAGAAAUACUCAUACUAUAAAUAAAUGCAAAUAUAAUUAUGUUCAAAGAUGUCUGAAAGCCAAGCAACAAUAAAGUGUGGACAACAUCAGAGCAGAAAGGACGUGUAAGACGAUUCGAUAUGUUUGAGAACAACAGAAUGAUUUUAAAUCUUCACUUUCAUUGAAAUUGUUUACUAUUGUGAUACAUUUUAUAAAGAGAAUGAGUGGGGGCGGAAGGGAUUGAUGUAUUUGGAAGAAAGUCGACUAGUGCGAGUCAGUAGCUGACUAAAUCAAAUGGAGCUUGAUGCGAAACUACUCGUGCUGUGUGUUCAGGGCGGGAGGAAUUAUAAGUGUACAAUGCAACACUACGUAAUGGCAAACGCAUUUUUCUUACAUAAAAAGUAAAGCAGAAUUAAUAACGCUAUUUGAAACAAAGAAGAGACAGUUGGUGCAAAAACAACAAACAUGCGAAUCAUACAGGUACAGUGGUAGUAAUAUUAUAAUAAUGUAUUCAAAAUCCACAUGCAUUUUUGUAAAGUAUGAAAGUGAUAACACAAACUGAAGAAAAAACGAAAAAAUAAGAAUGAGAAGAACAAAAUAAAACAUUUUUAUCUUAAAUGCAUAAAGAAUAUAAAGUAUAAAGUUAUUUUCAUAGAGAUUGAGAGACUACAACGUAAUUAAUCUUCAUGAUGAGUGAAUACAUAUAACUCGUAUAAUGGCAUUUUAACUAAAGACAUUUUACUUGUUUCAGUUUAACAUACUAUUUCAUUAGUCUAAUUACACAUUAUACAUACGCUGCGUAUUAUUACAAUAUGCUUUUUAUUUUCCGUACGUUUUUAUUUUGUAUUUAUUUAUGACUUAGUUUGUAAAAAGAAUAUAAUUUUUAAUUUAGUGUAUAUCCCCAAUUAUUAUUUUUAUAUAGAAAUACAUUGUCUAAAUAAUAA